ACUAUGGCUGGUCGAGAGACACUACACCAUCAUUGAGUCUAGCGCUAAUUCUCAAGUCACUAAUUACCGCAACUACUGUCAUUACAAUGGUUUUCACUGGCACCACCUACGACCACUCCCACCAGUCAUAUGGUCAUUGCCUCUCCAGUCAGUCAAAUGUCCACAUUUGUGAAAGGGCUGAGAGCACUGCAGUAAUAGCUGGAGGAGUGGGUGGAGGAAUAAUACUCUGUCAGAUCCUUGUCAUUGCCAUAUUUUGCAUCUGCAACAGAUCAACAUACAGUAAGAAGGUGGAGACCCACAGUAACACAGCCUAUGGAGUGGUACCAGCAAUAAGAAGAGAGGAACCAGAAUAUGAAGUGAUUAAUCAGCCUCUGAAGCAAACAGCUGUUAAACUACCUCUGUCUCGAAAUGUUGCCACUGCAUCCACUGUGAUGUAA